UUCAACGUGGAUUUUAUUUUGUUGAAAACUUACAUUUUAGUGGUCUUUUGUUUCGUCGUUAUAAUGGGGAACAACAGAUUUGCGCUGCUCCGCGGCCUUGUUGUAAUUUUUCUUGCCCUCCACCUCGUCCACGGAGACGUGAGCUACUCUAUCCCGGAGGAGAUGAAACGUGGAUCUGUAAUUGGAAAUAUCGCUAAGGAUCUGGGACUUGAUUUGGGCAGACUGUCUGCUCGCAAGGCCCGAAUCGAUACUGAAGACAACAACGUUCAGUACUCCGGUGUUAAUCUCAGCACCGGAGAUUUGAUCGUACAAGAAAGGAUAGACAGAGAAGGGCUUUGUGCGAAAAAGGCAUCGUGUGUUCUAAAACAAGAGCUCGUACUGGAAAAUCCUUUAGAACUGCACCGUGUUAGUAUCCGCGUUGAAGAUAUUAAUGACAAUUCACCGCAGUUUAAAGAGGAGUCACUUAAAUUCGAAAUUCAGGAAUCGGCGGACAAGGGUGCACGGUUUCUUCUUGGAGAAGCUCACGAUGGAGACAUCGGAGAAAAUGCUGUUCAGGGCUACUCACUUCAACAGAAUGACCAUUUCAAAUUAAAUGUAAACACAAAGGCAGGUGGACGAAAGUAUUGUGAAUUAGUCUUAGACAAAGAGUUAGACAGAGAGGACAAAACUGAGAUCAUGUUAUUGCUUACCGCAUUUGAUGGCGGCUCUCCUCAGAGAUCAGGCACUGUAGUCAUUCACGUCACUGUGCUGGAUGCUAAUGAUAAUGUACCAGUGUUUAGCCAGACCGUCUAUAAAGCUACUCUGCCUGAAAACUCUCCUUUAGAUACACUGGUGAUCACAGUGAGUGCAACGGAUGCAGACGAAGGUUUAAAUAGCGAAAUUACCUAUGGAUUUGAUCAUGUUUCUGAUGAAAACAGCAACACAUUUUCUUUACACCCUAAAACUGGAGAGGUGAAAGUAGCUGGAACUAUUGAUUAUGAGAAAGUGUCAUCUUAUGAAAUGCAGAUCAGCGCAAAAGAUGGUUUGGGAUUAGUUUCAUACGCAACGUUAAUUAUUGAAAUUACUGAUAUAAAUGACAACGCCCCUGUCAUAUAUCUAAAAUCACUCAGUAGUCCCAUACCUGAGAACGUGUCACCUGGUACAGAGGUGGGCAUCAUGAACGUGCAGGACAGAGACUCCGAGAGUAACGGACAGGUCCGCUGCUCCAUUCAGCAAAACGCCCCCUUUAAGUUGGUUCCUUCUAUUAAAAACUAUUAUUCUCUGGUGACCACAGGACAACUGGACCGUGAACUAGUGUCUGAUUACAACAUUACAAUCACCGCCACUGACGAGGGCUCUCCACCUCUGUCCUCCUCUAAAACUGUUCAGUUAUCUGUAGCAGACAUCAACGACAACCCACCGGUGUUUGAGGAACAGUCCUACAGCGCAUAUGUGACUGAAAAUAACAAACCUGGCUCCACUUUAUGUUCCGUUAGUGCUCGAGACCCCGACUGGAGACAAAACGGUACAGUGAUUUAUUCUCUGUUACCCGGUGAGGUGAACGGUGCCCCG